CGGCCACUCCAAGUCGUACACAACUUGUGAUAACCAAACAAAUAAACAAGCAACAAUCAACAUGCAGGGAUUCAUUGUCUUCACCGCUCUCCUGGCUUGUGCCGCUGCGGCCCCUGGCCUUCUCCUGGCUCACGAGACACCUGUGGUGGCAGCGGUCCAUGCCGCUCCAGUCGUCCACGCUGCUGUACCAGUAGUAGGCGCUAAGACUACCAUAACCAAGAGCAGCCAGGUCGUCAACCACGGAGCCGUGGUUGCCCCAGUCGUUGUUAAGACCGCCGUGCCCGUAGUACAUGCUGCCCCAGUGGUCACCGCUGUACACACUCCGGUCGUCCACGCAGUCCACACUCCGGUAGUCCACGCCGUCCACACCCCAGUCGUGAUCAAGACCGCGCCCGCCGCGAUCGCCCACAGCAGCUCAGUUGUCCAUCAUGGUGCCGUAGUCAAGGCCGUCCCUCUAGUCGCUGUCCAUUAACUUAUACCAACCUACCUUUAUUUAUAUCACCACGUAAAGUAAUAAAUCAAUUACCUC